AUGCAAUACUCUAAAAAACCAAGUAAGGGAUUUAGACUCAUUAAUUCAAAAAAUAAAGCAUUUCAAAAACAAGUUACUCAAUUAGAAUAUUUAAAUGCCAAAAAGAGUUAUAAAGUUAGACAAUUAAUAGAAACAGUGUCACAAUAUGAAUUCAAACAAUGCCAUUAUAUAUCAAAAGUAUGUGCUGCAGCUCAGAAGCCAAUACCAGCAAAUUUUCAAUUUUGA